GGCACAUUACUGAAUUCUUCGCUUCUCGCCAUCACGGACCCACGUAGGAGAGCCAAGACAGGAAGGAAUAAGCUUCUGCACGUAGGCGUCUGCCUUUCACUGCGCGCACGUGCGCCUUCGCUCUCGCUGACUUCCACCGGCGCACGUUAGCGGUGAAGUCCACCCAUUCCGUAAAGCGCACAGACAGUUCCUCUCGUGUUGGUUGCUGUCCACAUUCGUAUUAUCCUUCGCCUUCCUCUUUCUUUUUAUUUUACACUUCUUUUUUUAACUUUCUCCAAGCACCAUGAACGCACCCGACCGCCUUCGUCAGGCGGAAACCGCCAAGGCCCCGUUCCUCUCCAUGCCGGCCUUCACGACCGCCGCGCCGAGCGCCACGGCGGUGUACUUGCCACCCACCCCAUUAGCCGCCUCGGAGCACCUGCGCGACGCGUCGGAUCCGCGUGCGGUCCUCCUCAACGUGUACGACAUCAUGGGCGGCAGCAGCUUUCUCUGGUCCAUUGGGUGCGGUAUACACCACGUAGGCGUGCAGGUCUAUGGAAAGGAGUACCAGUACGGCUACCGGGAGCACGGCACCGGUAUCGGCUGCGUGCCGCCGCGCCACUCCCCACCGCACAUCUUCCACCAGGUGUACUGCCUUGGCCGCACGGAGCUGAACCAGGCGGCGGUGGAGGAACUUGCGGCGGCGUUUCGGUCGCAGGACGGCUGGUUGGGCGAUCACUACCACGUCGUGCGCCACAACUGUAUCGACUUUGCGCGUGCGUUUUGCGAGGCUUUGUUGCCGCCGGCGGUGCGUGUGGCGCAGGCGCAGCAGGCGGAGAACGUCGGUCUCGAACAGGGACGAAUGGAGGAGGUGGAGGUGGGCGGGGUGCGGCACGCGGUGCCGACACUCAUUCCGCCGCACGUGGAUCGGCUCUCGCGGCACGCGGCGCGGCUUCUGCCACGCGCUGCGCUGGGGCGACUGGAUACAACUGACUUGCCUUUCUCCAGUCUAUCCGAGGCUUCUCAUCAGUGA